GAAGAUUCAUAAGAGACCUGGAUGAUGAAGCUCAAUGGUUAAAGGAAUCACUGAAGCGGUGGGAAGCGCUCCGUCGCGCGUCUAGAUGGUACCGUAGGAGGCGAGCUGCCAUGGUUCGCCGCAUGCUACAGCAGCGGGCUAUCUAGGUGCGCACAGCGUCCCCUCCCCCUCCUCCCUGUCCGGGACUCGACCUCACCAGUCUGAAGCAGCCACCCUGUCCGUAACAAGUCCGGACCUGUUACUAGGGGCGUCGUCCGGUGAAAUUAUGGAAAACGUUAUCCGGAUGUUUGUAUUCAGACACAAAGUUCUUACGGACAGAGUCCGGAACAUUUCCGUUUUUCAUGGCCUGUCUGAAGGGGGCUUAAGAAAGUCAUUGGCUGCAAACUCCCCUCCAUACAGGACUUGUACACCUCCAGGACAUUGAGGCAUGCAGGUUGGAUCACAGCUGUCCCAUGUCACCCUGGAUACAGUCUUUUCCACCCGCUCCCAUCAGACAGGAGGCUCAGAUCUGUUCGGACCAGAACCUCCUGCCACAAGAACAGUUUCUUCCCCUCUUCAGUUGGACUUAUGAAUGACAAUCGUAGGUAGGGAUGCACCGAUCAGGUUUUUUGCUGCCGAUUACCGAUAUCAAAGAAUGCUGAUCACCGAUACCGAUCACGUGGAUUGGCCAGAAAUUUUCUACAACAUUAUAAUGAGUGCUACAAACUACUUAAUCUGGGAAUAAAGAAAAUGUAACCUAAUCUAAAAUGGUCUGUAUUAAGGUUGUCACGGUGUGAAAAUUUAACCUCACGGUUAUUGUGACCAAAAUUACCACGGUUUUCGGUAUUAUCGCGGUAUUUUUUUUUAACGUGCUACAUUUUCACACAAUUAAAUAAACCCUGUAUGUCAGGAAAUAUUGUCUCCAGUUUGUGUCUAAAUUUUGCCUAAAAUGUGUUAUUUUGUAAUUAUGUUGUUUAUUUUUUUCCCUUUAGUCUUUAAAAUACCAAUAUUUGCCCAUAACUUCUUAUUUUAUGUCUCUUUGAUGUCAUCAUUUUAAAAAUAUUAGAUCAGAUGAUACUCAGUACUCAAGUAGCCUUCUAAUCAGAUACUUUUUUUACCCUUACUUGAGUAAUAAACCCUAUAUCGGGAAAAUAUUGUCCUCGGUUUGUGUUCCAGUGAGCUUUGCAGAUGUGGGAAAAUGUCAUCAGGCAGUAAUCAUUGUUAAAUUCAUAAUUAUUCUCGGAGAGAGACCAACUCUUAUCUGCCCCUGGGAGUCCCGUAAUGCAUAGCGUCAUUUCAACAUGGGGGUGUCCGUGACACGGUUUAUAUGCAGGUAGCGGCGCUGCGGCUGCUUUAUAUAGCGACUCGUUGCAUUCUGCCUCAACCCAAAUCCUCAGAUCACGCAUUUUAGCUAAAGCGCUAACGUUAGCUUGCCUUGCGUUGACUGUAGAGUUGUGGGUGAUGGUCACGCAGAUGUGUCUGAGAUUUGUAGCGUUGCUGCCUUUCACAGACAUUUUUUCUGCACGUGCUGCAAACAGGAUAGCCGUCUUCUAUAAACUCCCUCGGCAUUCUUCAGAUAUCCAAAAGAUGCCCGUACUUCUGACUUUGUCUUCUUUGAGGGAUAAUAAAUGUCCUCCUGAGCGCUGCCGUCUCCUCCUUUGGCCAUUAUUUCAGCUUUAGCUUCAAGAAAGUUUUGGUUGUAAACAACAAAGUGCGCAUGUGCCGCCAGCAGAACACCGGCAACUUCAGCAGAUGAUACGGUGGCUGGUAAGGGUCACCGCGCCUACACCGCAGCCAUGGUAAACCCACCGAGAUAAUGUAGUUUUUUUUUAAUCAAGACGGUUAUUAUUAUUGUCAACUUUUUUUUACCGGGGUUUACCGCUACACUGAAAACUCCGAUCAAAACCGAUAGGGGCGCUAUCGGCCGAUUGGGAUCAAAUGCCGAUCCAUCGGUGCAUCCCUAAUCGUAGGACGGCCAAUUCCAGUGGCUUUGUUUCAGUCACCUGACCCUGUGCUGUGUUUCCACUCUGAUCAGUACCUACACUGUCAUAUAUAUUAGCAGUUUCUCUAAUAAUUGCCGUCCUACAUUAAUGUUUUAUUGCGCUUAUUUCUUAUUUUUGCCACUGCAUUUCCUUACCUUCUGAUUCUGGUCUGCUUCCAUUCUGGAGCACCAAAUUAUUGUAUUUUUUCAUUUGUGUGUUUGUCAUAUUAAUUUAUAUAUAAAUAAUCUUUUCAACAUGAAGCAUCACAGUUAUAUAUUGUAAAUACCCUCCAAAACGGUCACUUUCCACGUGUGGGCUCAUUUCCAUGCAUCUUUUGUAGACUAACACAUUCAUUCGCUCAGGCUGAGUUUUUGUCAGGAACAGGCAGCUGUGUGUGUGCAUUAAUAUAGGUCAUGGGUAAUGGGUAACAAGUCAUGAUACCCAUUAGUUUCUGCUUUGCAAAUGCAGAUGUUUUUGUGCAGGUUCACUUGUGUUUUUCAGUGUGGGUGUGUGUGGGUGUCGGCGGUCAGAAGUGGUGCUACAUUUGGCAACGUUGAGUGCUGCUUUUCAUCAAUAUUGCAUCAUUUUCUUUUUCUUCAUUGAAGCAGAAUUCAUAAAGACUCUUCAUUGUAAGAAAGCAUUUGUUCACUGGGUUUAAAAGCUUGAGCUCUGAGAGGACGAGUGAUUUGUGUCAUAACUUAUUCAGGCUGGUUGUGGGAACAGAGCUCAUCCAGAUGAGGAAGAAACCUGAAAAUCUAAGUAGGAAGAAGAAAUGAGAGAAAAAGAGCUGAGGUAUAGAGUCCAGACAAAUGUUGCUCCCUGCCUCCCACUCGUACCACUCUGUCUCUCUCUUCUGCUGUGUCAUAGUAUACAGUAGGCUGCUUCACUCGCCCACCUUUUCAGCACAGCAUUGGUUUAUCACACCAACAGCUCCAGACAGCGCUCGUCUUUUCUCUAAUGCAUCCAUGCAUGCACACCAUCUUCACCCCCUCUCACUCGUCUCAGUGCAAGUGCUCACAGUCACCGACUCUUGCUCAAUGAUGGACGGCGGACAGAGAGAACGAAGAGAUGAGAUGGUUUCACAGAUCAGGUGAGGUGUGUCCCGGGAAAGUGGAUUACAGCUUCCGCAUUGUCAGAUCAGAGUGGCGGGGGAGUGCCCGGCCAUGUUGGGGCCAGCUAACCGCCAGGACUGCAGCGGUGCCCUGCUCUGCUUUAGCUGUUGGAAUGGCCGAAUGUUUCCUUCACCCAGUUUGUCACGUUGUUGUGAUUUGAGAGCUUGUGGCAGACUCCUGACCCGACUCCAGGCUGAGUCUGGAUAUGGUUCGGAAACAAGCUUGAGGCGUCAUGGUUCCAUGUUGUCUCUCACCUCAGCUGCAAGUGCCUUGUCGUCCACAUCCACCUCCUCCUUCAAGAAGGGGCACAGGCUGCGUGAGAAGUUGGCAGAAAUGGAAACCUUCCGGGACAUUCUGUGCAGACAGGUGGACACCCUUCAGAAGUAUUUUGACUCCUGCGCUGAUGCCGUUUCCAAAGAUGAGUUUCAGAGAGACAAAGUAGAGGAGGAUGAAGAUGAAUUUCCUGCCACUACAAGACCCGAUGGGGAGCACAAUCACAACAACAACGGCAGCAAAGAGAAACUGUUUGCUCCUGCCAGUCCCAAAGGGAUGAACGGCAUUGACUUUAAGGGUGAAGCCAUCACCUUUAAGGCCACCACAGCAGGCAUCCUCUCUACUUUGUCUCACUGCAUUGAGCUGAUGGUCAAACGGGAGGAUAGCUGGCAGAAAAGACUUGACAAGGAGCUGGACAAACGGAGGAGGAUAGAAGAUGCCUACAAGAUGACCUUGAAUGAACUGAAGAAGAAGUCGCACUAUGGAGGCCCAGACUACGAGGAAGGGCCCAACAGUCUGAUUAAUGAGGACGAAUUCUUUGACGCGGUGGAAGCAGCGCUGGACCGACAAGACAAGAUAGAAGAACAGUGUCACUCUGAGAAGGUCAGGAUACAUCGUCUAGCUCAGGUUCCUACUGGAGAUGCCUUUUCUACCAUCGGGACUCACAGAUUUGCUAGCAAGUCCCGUAGCUAUUCUUCCUCCCUGUCCUCGAGCGAGCUAGUCAGCGCUUCCGAUGACAUUCACAGAUUCAGCUAUCAGGUGGAGGAGAUGGUGCAGAAUCACAUGACUUAUUCUCUUCAGGAUGUGGGUGGAGAUGCCAACUGGCAGCUGGUGAUAGAAGAAGGCGAGAUGAAGGUUUACAGGAGAGAGGUGGAGGAGAACGGUAUCGUCUUGGAUCCUCUUAAAGCUACUCACGCUGUUAAGGGAGUGACGGGACAUGAAGUCUGUCACUACUUCUGGGACACAGAUUUCAGGAUGGACUGGGAAACCACCAUCGAGAACUACAACGUUGUGGAAACACUUUCUGACAAUGCCAUCAUUGUUUACCAGACACACAAGAGAGUGUGGCCCGCUUCUCAGAGAGACGUGCUCUAUCUGUCAGCCAUCAGGAAGCUUCUGGCAACAAACGAAAACGACCCCGACACGUGGCUGGUGUGCAAUUUCUCUGUGGACCACGACGGAGCUCCUCCUACAAACCGGUGUGUCCGUGCCAAAAUCAAUGUCGCUAUGAUCUGUCAGACACUGGUCAGCCCACCAGAGGGCGACAAAGAGAUCAGCAGAGACAACAUCCUCUGCAAGAUCACUUAUGUUGCCAAUGUAAACCCUGGAGGCUGGGCUCCAGCUUCAGUCCUCAGAGCCGUGGCUAAGAGGGAAUAUCCCAAGUUCCUUAAACGCUUCACCUCCUACGUUCAGGAAAAAACAUCUGGGAAGACCAUCCUUUUCUGAACACUCAGAGGCUGUCCUGUUGGAGGAACGGUGUUGCUCUUGGAGAUCAAACAAUCCAUUUUUGCUUUUCACUUUUAAACAUCUACCUGCAGGACUUCCCUUGUGGGCGGGGGGAGUGAGACUGUUUACAGCUUUAACGCAGCAGAAGUUUCCAUCUCCGCUACAUUUAAAAGCCCUGCUGCCACCAGCCUCUGGCCAUGAAAGCACAUUUUAUCAGUUCAAGAGUUUCAGACGAUGUUUUUUUUUUCCAAAUGUCAAUCAUUUGCUUGUUUUGUAUAAUUUUUAUGACUACAGGCUUUUGAACUUGUUGGGAGGGUUUGCCUUAAUCACUAGUAUUACAGCUACUUGUUUUGCUGCUAAAGGAACUAGCAUGGGGGGUUUUGGUAAACUCUCCUUUUAUUGCCUUUUCUGCCCCUCCUGUGACGACUCCUCACAGUCCGAUGGGGGGUCGGAGUCUAAAGCCUUGAAGUCUUUAUAUUUCUAGUUUCGGAGAGCACCAUAGACACAAUGUAUUGUACAGAAACAAAACCGAAAACGUUUACGAAUGUGUGAAAUGUGAAUCGACUGUUAAAAAAGCUUGAAUAUAUUUAAAGUAGAUGCAAGGAAAUAGGAGAUAAUUGCUAAUGAAAUUUGUUUUAAUCAGAUUUUUUGACAGCUGCGUUGCGGUCGGGGUGAAUCUGUUGGAUCAAGUUUCAGACCGAUGUUUAAAAUGACCAGCCACAAGGUCUGAUGGGAAAUUUUUCUCUUUAAGAGAUGAAUGGAUACAUUUAGUCUUUUUGUAGUUUUUCUUGAUUAUAUUUAUCCCCUUUGUGAGACGAGAAGAAGAAAUUCACCUAUUCUUGGGUCAGGUUUCAAAAUAGUGGCACCUUUCAGUUUAGUUGAGCAAAUUUAACAUUUUACUCAAUGCAGCAGCUUCCUGCUGUUUGACUGAUAAAAGACCUUCUCCCAGAAGGCCUUAGUCACCAGGGUGAACCUUAACAAGUCUCCAACUUCCCUAUUUACAGCCACCAGAUGUGCAUUUAUCAGCACCAAGCUGGGGAGCGCUGUGUCAACAUUUCACAUCAUAUUACCUCACAACUUUAUUUAGAUUUUGUUCUGUAACAUCAAACAUUUGGGAGUUCAGUUGUUCUGUUUGGUUGGGAGAAAAGGAAAUUGACGGUUUGGAUCGUUGUUUUGCAGAUGACACAAUCCAGAUCUUAGAAAAAAGUCCGCUGAAGGAUGCUGUUAGUGUUUUUAAUUCUAUUUUGUCAGUAAUCUACACACUUUGUAUAUUUCUAAGUUGUACAACUGAAGUGUUAUUAUUUGCACUAAAUGUAAUGCAAUUUGACAAUGUUCUGUAAAUUAAAAUCAUUACACAAAAGA